AUGACAGGACUAUACCACUCAAACGUAAACUUUAUAGUUUUAUAUGUCAGUCCACAAUGUAUUGACAAAUUCUCUCCAACCUUUCCAUAUGUAGAUUGGGAGGAGACUUUAUCCCAAUGUCAUUCAUGUGUCCUUGAUCGCCAUGCAGCCGAUUUCUCCUGGAAGGUGGCUCAUGGCGUUCCCUACACCGCUCAUCGUUUAGUCUCAUCCUUUAAUUAUGAUGUUAUUUCUCCAGUGUUCUGCUACCUCCUCGUGGCGAUGCGUCACGUUCUAUGGCUUGCUAGAAACAACUGGCGUUUCCGCGGCAUCUUCCCAAGUGCUUUGGAGGCUAUCAAUUCCAUCAAAGCUCGCCUACGGGAAUUUCUUCUCGUUCUAUUCGAUAUAUGUAAGUCAAGCCGGUCCCGUCGAACCUUCGAGUCAUCUUGGUGCGCAAAUGGAUUCAUUGCCAGAGUGACCAAUGAUCACCUCGAGGUAACCAUAUAACUUUUCUUCUUCCGUUGGCCCCCCGCGGUCUUCUUAAUUAAAUGUACUGCGUUGGGUGGAGAGUGCCCCUCCCUUCCCCCUGCUAUUGUUGACAUUAUGCUCAAUACACUGUAUGCUUCCCUGUACAAAAUGCGCCCCUUUAAAUAGAACAUUAAAGUUCACA